AAGAACACGGAGGUUUAGGAAUGUGGAGUAUCCUCUACCUUUUAAAGAAGGCAGCCCUCCUGCCGUGACGUUACACUGGCAUCCUGCCCAAAAGCUCUCCAGCACUGAGAAGAAAGGGUCUGACACAGAAGUGACACAAGAAGACUUAUAUAUCCAAUCUAGAAGAGCAACACCAUGGAAACAAGAAUGAUUCCUGACCAAUCUAAAGACAAUCCACCUUUCCUGGACAGAAGUAUUGGGCCACUUCCUGUCAAGAGAAUGUACCCUUAUUUUUCAAAGUUAAAGAUAUUUCUUGGGGCACUAGCAUUCUCCUUUUUUGCCAAAGGAUUUUCUGGAAGCUACAUGAAGAGUAUGUCAACUCAAAUUGAAAGGAGAUUUGAAAUUUCAUCGUCAGUUGUCGGCAUCAUUGAUGGCAGCUUUGAGAUAGGUAACUUAAUGGUGAUGAUACUGGUGAGCUAUCUUGGGUCAAAGGUUCACCGGCCCAAAGUAAUUGCUGCUGGAUGUCUCAUCAUGUCAUUUGGAACAUUUUUAUCAGUGAUGCCUCAUUUCCUAAUGGGACGUUAUAAUUAUGAAAGAAUACAACUUACAGAGGACAACUCUUCUACAAGUUUAUCAGCAUGCUCUCUAGUAUUACCUUUACAUCGUCCAACUUUAGAUGCUAUGGAAAUGACUAGAGAGUUGAAAAAUUCUGGAUGUGAAAAAGCAGCAAGCUCCUAUCUGUGGAUCUUUGUACUGAUGGGAAACCUUUUACGUGGAAUUGGUGAAGCACCUAUUAUGCCACUGGGGGUGUCAUAUGUUGAUGAUUUUUCCAAAGAAGAAAACUCAGCAUUUUACAUAGGUACCAUAAGAUCAUGUGGAAUGGUUGGGCCAACACUUGGAUUUCUGCUCGGAUCUUUCUGUGCUAAUCUGUGGGUAGACAUUGGAGUGGUAGAUCUUGAGAGUUUAACCAUAAAUCCUAAGGAUACUCGUUGGGUUGGCGCCUGGUGGCUUGGAUUGGUGAUAUGUGGAGCAGUCAGUUUUCUGGCUUCAUUGCCUUUCUGGUUCCUUCCUUACUCCUUACCAAAAGAAGGAGAAGAAAGAAAUUUGAAGAAGCUGAGUGAAUCAUCUGUAACUAUUCAAGAAGAUCACUGUAAAAUAGAACCCCCAAGUCAACCGCAGCUAAAAUUCUCAGAAGCAGUAAAAGAUUUCCUACCAACUUUGAAGAAACUUCUUGGGAACCCAGUCUUUCUGGUGUACUUGUUCCUCACUAUUCUGCAGUAUAAUUCUAUGGUUGGGUUGAUAACUUUUGAGACAAAGUUUAUGGAACAGCAAUUUAACGUAUCCGUGUCAAGAGCCAUCUUUCUAAUUGGUGUGAUACUUUUACCCAUUACAAUUCUGGGGAUGUUUCUGGGAGGCUUUAUCAUUAAAAAGUUCAAGUUACACAUAACUGGAAUGGCAAAAUUUGGAUGUGCCACCUUUAUAGCUGCAUACCUGUUAAACCUCUUGUACUUCAUAUGUGAUUGUGAGGUGCUCCAGGUGGCUGGUUUAACAGUCUCCUACCCUGGAGUAAAACAAUCUUCCUUCCCAAAAAACAACUUAAUUGCCAGCUGCAAUUCUGACUGCAGCUGUGUAUUGAAUCAAUGGGAUCCUGUAUGUGGGGACAAUGGAAUCACUUAUAUGACCGCAUGCUUUGCUGGGUGUAAAUCAUCUAUCGGGACUGGAAAGAAUAUGGUGUUUCACAACUGCAGCUGUGUGCAAGUUGAAGGGUUUGAGAGUGGCAAUUUCUCUGCAGUUCUGGGACAGUGCCAAAGAGAAGGCUGUACUAAAACAUUUCCCUAUUUUUUGGCAUUACUGAGCACAUGUGCACUUAUUUUAGCUUUAGGAGGCACUCCUACAUACAUGAUUAUGUUUAGAUCUGUUUCACCAGAUUUGAAAUCAUUUGCUGUUGGCAUUGAUGCUUUGUGUGGAAGAAUACUAGGUGGACUUCCAGCUCCUAUUUAUUUUGGAGCUUUGAUAGAUCAGACCUGCUUGAAAUGGGGAACAAAGAGGUGUGGAGGAUCAGGGUCUUGUAGAGUGUAUGACACGAAAGCAUUCAGAAACGUCUAUCUUGGACUCAUUGCAGGACUGAGGGCAGGAUGUUGUUUCUUAUAUAUAACGCUCUUCAUUUUAAUAAUAAAACGAUUCCGACCAGAAAGCAAUGAGCUGAUAGAUUUGAAAAGUACAGACGUAUCAUCCCGGAAGGGAUCAACUAGUGUCAGUAAAAAUGAAACUUUUCCUUGUGCAAAAGCUUUGGAGGCAAAUGAAGAAACAUGUCUGUGAAAAGAACACAGGCAUUUUCUAACUCUGAAUGCUCAUGUGGAGGUUUUACAAGUACAGCGUAGGGCCAAAUACUGACGUCGACAGCUUUUUGGAAUUGUGAUGAAAAAUUUUCACGUUUUAACCCCUCACCUCCCCCCUAAAAAGCAGGAAAAAUGAUGAUUUUAUUUUUGUGUUUUUUAAACAAUUGUAAGGCUGGUUGAAAUGUUUCCAAUGUCAAAAUUUUAAUUAAAAAACAGGUGGGAAAUUUAAAAUAAAAAAAUGCACAACUCCUCUCCUGUUUUUCAACCCGAUCUAUAGAAGUUCUAGCCCUGGGUCUGAUCCUGAAAUCCUUAUUAAAUCAUAUAAUCCUUAUAUAUUCAGUUGUUCUUCCUGAGUUCAAUAGGCACACUCAUACAAAUGAGGAUUACUAACAUCAGUAAAGGUUAUAGAGGUGGUCCCUCAGUCAUCAUUCAGGCAAAAGCCACCUUGACCUCAAACACUUCAUGACACCUUCAGGAUUUGGCUCAAACAUUAACCCGUCAAAAUAGACUGCAGAAGAAAGACUAUACUGUAUUAGUUUUGAAGUACCUUUCAGUAUUGAAUCAAACCUUUUCUCAUCAUUAGUGUAAUUAUUCUGAUCCUGUGCAAUGAGGUGGCAGAUACUGGAGUUACAUUUCUUUGAUUUUUUUUAAAUUUUUUUUUUUAGAAUUUUAUCAAUGUAAGUUUGUAAUAAUUGAAAGACUGCAGUAUAUAUAUUCGUCAUCCCCCAAUAAAGUGCCAAAAAAGGCCAUUAAAUAAAGUGCUAAAAGCUCUCAAAUAGAACUUCGGUGACAUGCCAGAGAAGAGAGAACCUUAAUAACAAACGCGCCUAUCAUUUAUUACUAAAAUAUCUCUUUAAAAAAAAUCAUCACUACGUGAAGUGUGAUGUCCCCCUGACACAGACUGCUCUGUGACUUUUCAAAGGGAAUGAAUAUCACUAAUAAGAACAAUUGGGGUAAUUUGUCACCGCUGUUGCAGCAUGUUGUGUCAAAUGCUUAGGGGUUGUCUAUACUCCAGAGCCUUUGCUGACAGAGCCCCCUAAUGGAGAUGCAGCAUAGGCUGACAGGAGUUCUUCUACUGGCAUAGUUAUCCCACCUCCCCGAACAACAUUAGCUAAGCCAGAAGCAGCAUUCUUCUGUUGGAGUACUCACGUCUACAGCAGGUGUCUUCUGAGCCACCAUAGCUAUGCUGGCAAAACUUUGUACUGUAGACCAAAUCUUGCUCUAUUUUAGGGUUAAAUCCUACUCUCCCCAGGCUCUAUGCCCAGCUCGAGGAGCCGGGAGAACCAUGCAUGACUGGAUUGGAAUAAACUUCUCCAUACCUUGGGCUAUAGUUUAUAGAAAAUGAAAGGAAGCUCAACACGUCUAAAAAUGAGCUCUUUCUGUUUCCCCUACGUGGGAGAAAUAAUGCGUGGCACCCCAUACUCAAAGAGCCUUUGGUCCUGUGCUUCCACCAAUGCCCCCACCAAUCUGGCUGUAAACAAAAGCACAGCAAGCACCCAUGACAUGGCACACAUGCUGGUCACCUGUGUGAGAUCUCCUCACAUUUUGGUCCUGGGCAGAAGAAUUGCCCCAGUUUUGCUGCUCACAGAAUUAAACCAACAUGUUCAGACUUUGGGAUUCUUUUAUAAAGAGACGUUUGACUUCAGGUUACAAUCAGAUAAAAGAAAACAGGCUGUUUCGUGUGUUGGAAUAUAAACACUACAUUAGCACAAACUAUAUCAGCAUUAGAGAUGGACCUGAAUCAAAAUCCCAGAUUCAAACACCCUUGAACUUUCAGGGAUUCAAAAUCAGUGGGCCUCAUUCUCCUCACGCUUACAUUGGUGCAAUUGCAUUGACUUCUCUCGAGUUACCCCUGAUUUACACUCUGCAAAGGAGAAGCAUCUUAGGCCCUGUUACAUGAACCUGAACAUAGUGGCUUGAACUGAGCUUGGUCUACAUGCAAUUCAUUUUAAUUUUUGGGGUGAUAAAUUAAAAUAUGUUGAUUCCUGGUGAUCAGUGAAUGUAUGCGGCACGAUGUUUUGUUUAUAUAUUAAUAAAGUAUUUUUGACAAAACAAGAA